AAUGGCAUUAACCAAGGUCGUUCUUCUUUGUAUUCAAAAUAAGAAAUAAUUAACAAUUACUCAUGAUUAAAUCUAUAAACACUUCUCCCAAUAUGGUUAGAUUGAAAAAGUAAUCACAAUUUAUAUCCUUAGAUUUUGAUAUUCGAAAAAACACAAAUUUGGAAAGUCUUCUUGGAAACCAAAAACAAAGAAACUGCCUAAAAUUUAAUUAAACUAUGUAAUAACAAUAUUUUGAACUCUGAUAAUUAAUUAAGAAUGUAAUUAUAUCCCAGCAAUCUUGAGAAUGUCACCUUUUCUGAUUCAAAUUUAGCUGGAAAAGGUAUUUUAUUAAUAUAAUAAUUCUUUAGAUUAUUCUAAAUCCAAAGAAAAGAGGGAUUCAUAUAAUUCAACUGAUGACGAACAAACUUCUGUAGGCAGCUAAAGUGAAUAAAUUCCUAAUAUUAAUUCAACCAAAAAUUACUAAUAAAAUAUUUAAUAAUCGAUCUAUUAAUACUAAUAACAUUUAUAACAAAGACUAUAUGAAUAGUAAGUACUCUAAAUGAGACUUUAAACUCAAAGUUUAGAUCUAUAAGUCCCUGAUUAUAUAAAUACUAUAGUCUCAACCUAAUGGGUUGAAUAAUUUGUAUAACUUGGAAAACUACUAUAAACAUAAUAUCUACUUUAAUAUUAACUUAUUGAUAACUAUAUUAAUUAUAUUAAGUAAGAAUCAGCUAAUGCUUUGUCUGAAAUUCAAAACUAAUAAAGACAAUAACAAUAAUUAUAAUAAUAGUUGUAAAUUAAUACUCUCAAUCAAAUAUAUCAUAUUGAUUAGUAGGAGAAAUCAAGAGUAAUUGUGGCCAAAUCUUUUGAUGAUUCUGUUACUUCUAUUGAUAUGCUCUAUAACAUUUUUAGUAUCUAUGGAAAUAUAGAUAAAAUGGUAUAUUAGAAAGACAAAUCAACAUUGUUGGUUGAAUACCAUCUACAAAAAUGUGCUGAUCAAUGUAUAGAGAAAUUAAAUAAUAUUGUAUUCCAAGGUCAAACACUUUAAGUAAUCAUUCUAUAAUAUUCUAGAUUACCUAUUCUAUUUUAUAAGAAAUAACAUUCUUAGAUGAACUUGAAGAAUUAGGAUUGGUUGAAAAGACUUUCUAUGAAGAAAGAUUCAUUGGAUCUGAAGCCACUAAUAGAUACAAACCAAAAAAUUCCUUUAUUGCUGCUUCACCUAAUGAUACUAUCUUUUUGAUGAAUUUAUCAAAUGAAUUACUAAACAUAAAUGCUCUACAACCACUUUUGGAAACUGAAAUUGUUGAUUAUAAGUAAAUUCUUUAUAUUAUAUUUAGAUUUUAUGAGGAUCCAAAAUAAAAACAUAGUUGUGCCUUAAAAUUCAAAACAGUUGAAGAUGCUAUGUUGUUUUUAGCUAAAAAUCAUGGCAAAGUAAUGGCUGAUAGAAAAAUCUUAAUGACUUUUUCAAAAAAGCCUAUGUGAUU